UCAUGCAUGUUUACUCAGAAAUUAGUCCCACCGUACUUUAGUGGGAUUUAACUCCCUAUUAAAUGCAUGGGAUUUUGGGUUACAAAGGCUCAAACUAGCUGAAGCUUUAUAAGCUAUUUAGAACUGGGGCUGGGAAGCUGUGGCCCUCCUGAUGUUGUGGAACUCCAGUCCCCACAUCAGGCCCAGCAACUGUGGCCAAUUGGUAGAGGGGCUGGGAAUUAUAUAAGACAGCAACACCUGAAGUUAGGACAUUAAUGUUUUAAUGCUCCUUGUAGAGCUUUUCAUCACACAUCAGUUAAUCUCAGGCUGUUUUCACUCGUUUUGCUUAGGUUAGGGCCAAUCUAAUUGUGAUGUAGAAGUCUGUGGAUGCCUUUCUUCCCUCUUUCGUUUCCCCCUACAAUGGAGCAGAGCAGUGAUAAAGGUAGAGCAGGCAGCACAAGGACUUCUGGCCCUUGGUUUGAAAAAGGGUGACCGGCUGGGAAUGUGGGGUCCCAACAAGUACGAAUGGGUCCUAAUGCAAUUUGCCACGGCGCAAGCAGGAAUCAUCCUGGUGUCUGUGAACCCAGCAUAUCAAUCCCAAGAGCUGGAGUUUGUGGUGAAGAAGGUUGGCUGCAAAGCACUGGUGUUCCCUACACAGUUCAAAUCACAGAAGUACUAUGAGAUCUUGAAGCAAGUGUGCCCUGAGCUGGAACAAUCUAAUCCGGGAGCAUUACAGAGCAAGAAGUUACCAGAGCUUUCUGUUGUAAUCACCUCAGACUCCAAGUUGCCCGGUGCAUUCUCAAUGAACGAUGUGAUGCAGGCUGGAGACAGCAGCCACAAGAAGCAACUAGAGGAAAUACAGAAGACGCUGGACUGCAAAGAACCUAUCAACAUCCAGUUCACUUCAGGAACAACAGGAAGCCCCAAAGGAGCUACCCUUUCUCACCACAACAUUGUGAACAAUGCAUUCCUCAUUGGAUUAAGGCUGAGAGUUCAAGAUGGGAAUGCCCGCUGCUGCCUCCCUGUCCCCCUCUACCACUGCCUGGGGUCUGUGGCAGGCUGUGUGCUGAUGGCUAUUCAUGGCGUCUGUCUUGUCUUCCCGUCUCUAAGCUUUGAUGCAAAAGCAGCACUGAAGGCCCUGGACCAUGAAAAAUGUACCCAUGUUCACGGCACUCCAACCAUGUUCAUAGAUAUGCUAGCUCAGCCUGACUUUGCCAGCUACAACCUUUCAGCUCUUCGGGGUGGAGUCAUUGCAGGUUCGCCAGUUCCUCCUGAGGUCAUGAAGAAGAUCAUCAACAACAUGAACAUGCGGGAGCUGGUGGUUGCAUAUGGAACCACAGAGAAUAGCCCUGUCACCUUCAUGGGGUUCCCUCAAGACAACAUUGCCCAGAAAACAGAGACUGUGGGAUGUGUUUUCCCACAUACAGAGGCAAAAAUUGAGGAUCCUGAGACAGGGGAAAUUAUCCCACUCAACAGCCCAGGAGAACUUCAGGUCCGAGGUUACUGCGUCAUGCUAGGGUACUGGGCAGACCCCAACAAAACCAAUGAAGUCAUGGAUGAUGAGAAAUGGUACAAGACCGGGGACAUGGCUAUUCUUGAUGAGUAUGGCUACUGCAAGAUAGUAGGCCGCUGCAAAGACAUGAUCAUCCGAGGAGGGGAGAACAUAUACCCAGCAGAGCUCGAGCAAUUCCUACAUACCCAUCCUAAGAUUCAAGAGGUGCAGGUAGUUGGCGUGAAAGACGAGCGAAUGGGAGAGGAGAUCUGCGCCACCAUCAGAGUGAAAGCUGGAGAAGAGUGCACAGCAGAAGAAGUCAAGGCAUUUUGCAAAGGGAAGAUCGCUCACUUCAAGAUCCCUCGGUAUGUAGUGUUUGUGAAGGAUUUCCCGCUCACCGUCUCGGGCAAGAUUCAGAAAUACAAACUGAGGGAGCGAAUGGAGAAGCAUCUUCAGCUUCGAACCCAACAACCCAGCGCAACCCAAAAUUAAUAUUUCUUCUGCCAACUUUUAUACUUCAGCUUUCUAAGCCGUUAAGAGAGCUGGCAACCCUCAGCCUGCCUUAAGAUAGCAAUCACCAGCCUGCCUUAAGAUGAUUUAGUCAGGCAUACUUAAAAUAAUGUGGGGUUUUUUUCUAAUAAAUAAAAAAUAUGUUUCUUUAGCAGAGAUUAUUUCUCUGUGUUAAGAAAUUCCACCUCACUUUGUUAAAAAUACAAAACAUGUUUGUAUCUCUGGGAAUGGCAUCCAGAAAUACGAUUUCCUCCCAAUAAGGAGGACCGUAAGGGAAUUCCCAUUGCUCCUUAUGAUCAGAGCACAUCAUGGAAGAGACAUAGUCCUGCCUUUCCCUCUACUGUGCAGUUCUUUUAUUAGAAAUUGUAGUUUUGGAGGAAUAGUGGUGCAUGCAAAGGGAGAGAAAAGAAUGCCAGGGUGCUGAAAUUUAAGUCCCAUGUAGGAACAUUAAGAGCUAUCAUGUUGCAAAUUACAAGCCAAAAGAAGGGGAAAGUACUUUCUAGCAGUCGGAAAGGCGACAUGGGGAGAAGAGCAGAGUCACCUGAAACAUGUUCAUAUUGGAUUUGUAGGAACAAAUCUGUUAAUUUUGGCACUUUUGCAUCGUGAUUCACUUUUGGAUGUCCUGUUGUUUCAUUCUCUGCCGAAUGCUAAUAGGCUAUGGUGAUUGAACCUCUCGUCUUCUCAUUAGUCAGGUCAUCCACACACACCAAAAGUGUCUGGAGCAACUUGCCUGAGAAGGGUGUUGAACCUGAUGUAGCAAGGAGCAGGGGGUGAGAUUUGCUUGAUCACUUGCCUACCUUUUGGUAACUGAAAUGGAACACCAUUCAUUGGACUCCCAGGGAUUAGCCAGAUGUGACGCAGUGGAUCCAUGAUCAGGCUCUCUCAGGUUUCUUUGUGAUUUCAUUUUAGAGUAGCUAACAGUAGGGCAUCUUUAUUGAGAGCUAGAUAGGAACUGUAGUUCUGGGAGAGAACCAUUUGUGCCUCCCCCCACCCCCAAUUUAAAUUGCUCUUCCCUCACUGUGAUACCUGUAUGCUUUCCCCUAUAGGGAAAUUAGCAGCUAAUGCACACCCACCCCUCUGCAAUUGCGUUUUUCUUUUUUAAAUGUGAGUGGCCCUGAUUUCCCAUGUCACAUCUUACACAGGCGCUAUUUGCUUAUUGCUGCAAGCUGCUGUGAGCUGCAUUUUGUUAAAAAGGUGACUGAUAAGUGCUUUUUAAAAAAACAAAAUAUUAUUAUUAUCAUCGCUGCUUUUUUUUUCAGGGGGUACGAGUACACAGUACCAGCACCUUUUUGUUAGAAAGUGUGACACUGUAACAAAAAGCAGCGAUGAUAACAACAACAACAACAACAACAACAACCACAUAUUUAAUUCAAGAUAACACUGUUGUGACCAAAAGGGAAGGAAAGAGCAGAUUUCUGUGGCUUUAGAGGUGUGAAUCAACCCAGAGCCUUCUGCCCAUCGAGGAAAUACGUGGAUCAGGAAGCGUGAGAGCAUUAGAAAAGGACUUUCAUCACUUCCACAGCAACCAACUCCCUGCUAUGGACUGGAGGAGGUAGUUCCUCUUUCCAGUUCUUUUGAGUGCAAGCCAUGAAGUUGAAUCUUGCCACACAUUAGAUUUCUCAUCUGCUUUAUUUCCUAU